AUGUUGUCACAAAUUUGGAUUCUUUUCACCUUUAUGGUGUGUGUUAUUGCUUCUAAGUCAAAGUCAGAUGGCUUGAAGUUUGAAAUUACCAAGAAGAUCCCAAUUAGCAAAUGUAAGUUAAAGGCCCUUCCAGGUGACAUGGUCUCUGUUCAUUACACUGGUUCUUUGGCAGAAAAUGGUAAGGUCUUUGACUCCAGUUUGCGCAGAAAUGAGCCAAUCCAAUUCAAACUAGGUGCUGGUCAAGUCAUUGCCGGCUGGGAACAAGGUAUCACAGGCAUGUGUCUAGGUGAGAAGCGUACCCUUCACAUCCCUCCAGAAUUGGCCUAUGGUUCUCGCGGUGCUGGUGGUGUAAUUCCACCUAAUGCUGUGCUGGAUUUUGAUGUUGAACUAGUUGACAUUGCCCGCAACUAA